GAGACUCAUCUUGUCGGUAGUAGUUGAUCUUCGAUGAGCUGUGCAGCUGGAAGUCUCUUCUUCACUCAGGUGGUAUGGUCAGCCUAGAAGCGAUAAAAAGAGUGAAAGCUCCCAGGUGUAUUUUUUCACAUAACAUCUAUAAUGGAAAACUCCAGUGAAGACUACAGGAUCCAGUCAUUUGAUGUGGAUACACAGAAACUGCUAAAAACAGCCUUGAAAGAUCCAAGUUCUGUGGACCUGGAGAAAGUAUCCAACAUUCUUGUGGACCAAUCUUUAAAAGAUCCCUUUUUCAGCAAGGAGGCUGGCCGUAUUUGCUACACCAUUGUGCAGGGCGAGGCCAAGCAAAACAAUGGAACGGUGUUUAGGAGACACCUGCUGAACCGCCUGCAGCAGGAGUUCAAGGAACGCGAGGAGACGAGGAAACGCUCGCUGCAGGAGUGGGUUUGCUACGUCACGUUCAUCUGCAACAUUUUCGACUACCUCAAGGUGAACAACAUGCCGCUGGGGGCACUGGUCCUUCCUGUCUAUGACUGCCUGAUGAGGUUGGCCCAACCAGAUGCUCUGCUGAACGAAGAGGAGGUAGACUGCCUGGUGCAGCAGCUGCAUCGUAUCGGAGAGCAGCUGGAGAAGGUGAACAGCCAGCGGAUGGACGAGCUGUUCUUCUUGCUGCGGGACGGCUUUCUCCUACAGGAGGGCCUGACCUCCAUGGCCCGCCUCCUGCUCCUAGAGAUCCUGGAGUUCAGGGCCGGCGGCUGGAUGCUCAGCAGCACCGCCCACAAAUAUUACUACAGUGAAAUUGCCGACUGAGAGAGAGCGUCAGGCCCUUUCAUGCACCUUGGACACUUUCCUUUAGUCACCACUGAUUAAAAUACCAGCAGCUUCUUCGUAGAAGGAAUUGUCCUCCAGGCAAUCAGAGAAGAUGGCAAUAAGGACGUUAAGAGUUCACUGGGUUUGAUCCAGGUGAUGGAUGUGGAAUGUGCAAUAGUUAACAAAGGUUUUAAUUAUCAUGGGUUUUUCUUUUAUUUUUGCCACAUUCAGGCACAUUUUGGAUUGAACAAGAUUUUUUUUUACAUUUUAAAUCCAAACCAAGAAGCUCUGAAAUUUUCAAUCCUUUUUUUUGCAUUCCGGUUUUAUAGAAACAUUUCCUCAAGUUUACCAAACUUUUUCAUCAAAGAGACAUUCCAGUCAGUUUCAGACUGAUUUAGUGUUUGCUUUUACUUUUAUAAUUGUUGUAAUGUAUUGAAUUCUUGGCAGAGAACUAGACAUUCAUCUCCUGUCUGAACUUUUAAGAGUUUGCUGUAGAAGCUGGAUUUCUGUUACUGCUUGAUGAGAGGCUGUUUUGUCACCUGAAUCUUCCAUCUUUAUUCAGGGAUUUUAUUUUUGGUUCCUUUUUCUCACAGCCUCGGUUGAAAGACCAAAAUAUUUACUCUGUUUUAGAAAAGAUUUUUUUCUAUAAGCGAAGAAAAUGCUUUUAUUUUGAAAAAGCAGUGCCAACAUAUCUUAAGCAUAAGAAUCUUGUUGGGAUUGUGGAAUCAUAGUAACACCUCUUUAAAUCAGAGAUGCACCAAUCAGGCCCGCUGAUUUUUGUUUUGUUGCUAAGAACUAGAACACCUAAAACUGUUUUGUGUCAAAUCUGGAGCCCAGAGGUGCAGAGGCUGAUUACCCAUUUAUGUUUUAAAUAAGAUGCCUUUAACCUUUGAACUUAUUUUACUAAAGUGAAACAAAGUUUUUGGGUAUGUUUAUAGAAAAGGAUCAGGGUUCACCUAAAGGUCUUUGGAAGUUUGCAGACUGAUUUGUGCAUCUUUGAUCAAAAGUUGUUUUCCCAGCAGAGCAUCACUUCAAAACUACUUUUUAGCUCAUUUGAUAGCACGGCUAAGGCUAAUACAUUUGACCAAGUUAAAGUCUGAGGCACUGUGUAGUUUGACCAAUUGUUUCUUUUAAUGUUAUGAGUUUGAUUCAAAGCUCUGAGACAAUAUUUUCUGAAAUUGGUUGAGGAUUGACAUUUUCGUUGAAGUUCAAGGAUUCCGGCUGGAUGCAGGAAAGAAGCAAGCCUGGAUGUGUAGAAUCAAGUUAAAAAUGGAGACAGUUUAUUUUGAAGUUUGACUACAAACUGGCAAUACUUUCCAUUUCUCUGCUG